GGCGUUUUUAUAAAACACCUCAGGUCAUGCGUUUCUUCAGUGAGUGUGCGAAGCUCGUCGAAGCCGGACCUAUCAUCAUGGACCCAUUGAUGAGGAUGCUAUUGCUGCUUGUGGUCGCGCUGUGCCAGCCGACGAUGCAGUUGGCAUUUCCGAGCAAAUUCAUCGAGAGUAAUCGGCAUUCGUCGAGAAUCAGUUCCAACGCGCCGCCGCAAAACACCAGAUACAUAUACGAAAUCAAAACAUUCGACGUGCGCUGGCAAGGAUUUUAUUGCUCAGUGAAUUUUAUGACCUAUGGAAAUCAGUCCUUUGCGGAUCCUCGGCAUCUCGGAUAUCUGACGUCUCAGCAAGCCUUGGCCGAUUAUGUGGAACUUAUUGGAUAUCUGAGAUCGAAGGAAAAAUACAAACAUAGUCCGGUCAUAGUUUUCGGUGGCUCGUACGGCGGUAUGCUUAGCGCUUGGAUGCGCAUGAAGUACCCUCACAUUGUUCAAGGAGCGAUUGCAGCUUCUGCGCCAAUUUUGCAAUUUACCGAUAUCGUGACGUGCGAGGCUUUCUCUCGAAUAACAACGUCGGACUUUCGUUCUUCGCAUCCAACGUGUCCGAAACUUAUCCGGAAAGCGUGGAGCACGAUAACCGAGGUGACUUCAAACGACGAGGGCAAAAAGUGGCUGUCGAGCAAUUGGAAGCUGUGCGAGCCGCUGAAGACCGCAGAGGACGUCCAGACGCUGAAGUAUUUCCUCCAGAAUAUCUAUAUAAAUCUGGCUAUGGUUAAUUAUCCGUACGAGACUAACUUUUUGACGCCGCUGCCGGGCAAUCCGGUUAACGUUUUCUGCCAACACUUGACGAACUCUUCGUUAACGGGAAAACCAUUGUUGUCGACGCUUUAUCGCGCUAUUAGCGUUUACACAAAUUAUACCGGUCAAGCGAGUUGUUUCUCUAUGAAGAACGCGGAGCCGGGCUUAGAUGAUCAAGGAUGGGAUUAUCAGGCAUGUACAGAGAUGGUGAUGCCGAUAUGCACCGAUGGUAUCAACGACAUGUUCGAGCCGGCAGAAUGGAAUUUCAAGGAAUACAAUAACACCUGUUUUCAGAAAUAUUCAGUAUCGUCGCAGCCGUACUUAGCUUGCCAGCAAUAUGGCUGUAAAAAUCUUAACACUGUGACUAACAUCAAUUUCAGUAAUGGAUUGCUAGAUCCAUGGGCGAGCGGAGGCGUGUUGCGCAACUUGUCCUCGACAGCGGUCGCGAUUUUAAUACCAGAUGCUGCACAUCAUCUAGAUUUACGUGAAAGCAACAGCAACGAUUCAUACAGUGUUUUAGUGACGCGAAAAUUUCAUCGGCUUUCCAUUAGUAAGUGGAUCGCAGAAUAUCGACAAAGCUUUUAGAAUUUGACAAGGAAAGUUACGAAGUUACCGGAAAUAACUUUUGCUGGUUUGUGUUUGAAAUUCUGUUUCUUUAUUUCCGAAAUUAUAAAUACAAAAACAGGACACGUACGCCGUGACAUAAACAAUAAAUAGUCAACGCUGCCGUGGACUGAUUAUUUACAACGCUGAACGAAGCGUCGACAAAAAAACUUAAUCGAAAAUAUACGCGAAAGUAUAUUUCGGUAUCACAGUAAAUAAAUAAAUGCACAUGAUUCAUCGGGAAUUCUAAAAGAAUUACAAGAUGAUAUAUGACGUUCUCAAACAACGCGAAAAUCUGACAAAAAAAUCUGAAAAAAAUGUCUGAUCUCUUUCCGACGCGUUCAUGAUACAUUUCAGACAUUUGCGCUGUCUAAAAAUCUCUCGUUUCAGGUCUAAUAUUACUAAAUCACGUAAAAAUGACUAUACUUUAUCAAAUAAAAACUCGUAGCACUAUCGAGAUUAUUUGACACUAAUACUCGACAUUAAUUAUAAAUAUGCGCGCUGUAUUAUUCUUAAUUUACCUCUUUAUCGCUUUGUAUAAUUUUUGAUGCAAUGUUUAUUUGAAGGAAUUAUGUAAUAGACUGUAAGCGAACAAAGCUACCGAAGAGAUAUACGAAUUUCUAAGUAUAGAUAAAUUUUUUUUUCUUAAGAAUGUCGGAUUUUUUAAACAAAAUCCAUAAAUAUCAUGUAAAUAUAUUGUGAUUUCAUAUA